CGCCUUUACGGUAACUGCCAAAAGUGUCGCGAAAGCAAUCGCCACGAUUAUCGCAAACUGUGGGGUGCGGAGUUUACGGCAGCGUGAUGGCGGAGUCAGUGCUUAGUGAAGACACGGUUAGCAGAGUGAGCUCUGUCCUUAACCGUGACAUAAAGCAGUUUGGAAAAAAGUUCUUAUUUGACCGAAAUGAGGAAACGUGUUGGAACUCUGACCAGGGCUCUGCUCAAUGGGUGUUGCUCCAGUUUCCUCAGUUCGUAAAGAUAACUGAACUACAGCUCCAGUUCCAAGGCGGCUUCACAGGCAGGAUGUGCAGACUCGAAGGUAGCAGUAGAGGAGCUGAUUUCAUGAAAAUCACCAAUUUCUAUCCUGAAGACACCAACUGCCAGCAGAGAUUUUCGAUCAGUGAGCAACCAGUUGUUGACAAACUGAAGAUCACGUUUGAGGAAAGCACUGAUUUCUUUGGAAGAAUUAUUCUCUAUCAUCUUGAUGUUCUUGGUGAGAAAGAGUUAGAACCUUCGCAUCACAGUGCCCAGCAGCAGCGUGAAGGAAUGGGCCAGGAACCAGCUUGACAAGUUCCAGUAAUACAAAGAGUGCCCAAUGAUGCAUCAACCUGACCAGGUACAUCAGGCGAUUCAAACAAGCCUUGGAGAGGAGGUUUCAUAUCUGAUGACUCACAAAAUGGAUGGAUUAUUAAUAAUUCAAAAUAAAGCAACACUUUAUAUAUUUUUACACUUAGUGUUCACACAGUAUACUUUCAGUGUGAUGGUGGUG